AUGAGAAUUCCUGGACAGCUUGGCCUGGAGCCUGAGGUAGUCCAGGGGUGGCGCCCAGCCCUUCCUGGUUGCUCUGGGGAGAACCCGGAACUUCCCUAUGCCCCCAACCAGCUUACCCCUGUUGGCACCCUCAGCCUGAGGCCAAGAGCUGUGAGGAGGGUCCCAGCUCAGCUGGCCACUGGGCCUCUGUCUGCUGCCGCAGAAGCCUUCCCCUCGUGUGAGCCUGAGCUGGAAGACACGGCCACCUGUUACCUAUACCCCGUGUCCAGACCACGCGGGGGACAGCUGAGGGACGGGGUUCCUAAGCGGGGCCGGCGUGGCAGCCCUCGCCCCCCCGCAGUGGAUCGUCGAUCCCUGAUCCUUCCCCGAGGGUCCCUCGCCCCUCUGUCGCCGCCCCCCUCCCCGGGCCUGUCCCCCCGCCCACCUCCCUCGGGCCUUGCUCGGGUCCCGACCACCGAUGGCUUCCGCGCCCGAAGCAACCGGCAGCCCAGCGCGCAGCCGUCCGUCCGGGGCUCCGAGCGGUGUCACCGGGCCGGGACUCCGGAGGUCCGGGCGCUGCGCCGUCCGGGCGAGACCCUGGCGGGCAGGGGGCUCCGUGCUCACUGCCUCGGGGGGCAGACGGCCGGGCCCCGACGGGGUCCCCGGACAGGCCCUCCUCCUGCCCGGACUCUCGGGCCGCCCCGUCGCCGGCGCGAGGACCCCGGGGGCCGUGGGCGGGUCCGCCCCUGGCCCCCCGGCGGGACCCUCGGCACGUGCAGUCCCCCGCGGCGGCCACCAGAGGGCCCUGCCCCCUCCGCGCGCCCGCGGGUCCGCACCCCUCCCCACAGCCGUUCCCGCUGGAGAUUGACAGCUGGGCUCCGCUGUUGCCACGGGGAUAGGCAAAUGAGGGAGGCGGGCCCGGGGCUCCGAUUGGCCCGGGGGCGCGCACUCCCUCCCGGGAAGGCGGGCCCGGCUGCCCGGCUCUAUAAAGGGGCGCGCAGGGCGCCGGGAGCCGGCCGCGGGGGGCGGGGGGAGCGGGCGGGCCCGGAGGAGGAGCCGGGUUGCGGCCGGAGCUCGGUCGUGGGCGCGCCGCCGGGCUAG